AUGUCUGGAAGCGAUACUAUGAUUGAUGGUAAUGCUCCAAAGCCCCCUGUGGACGAACGAGUAGUGGAUCUUGCUCCAGAUCGAGAUCAAAAAGUGAUUAACAGCGCCAGGCAUACUGAUCAUAGUGCAAAUGCAAGCUCAAUCCAUUCAGACAGUGAGGAUGGACUAGUCAACAAACCCAAAUCAAGAACUGCCUCCUACUUUAAUGUACUGUUCAGUGGAUUUGCUUUAUUAUCGGAUGGCUAUCAAUCCGGUGUGAUCAGUUUUGUGAAUCUGUUUCUGGGCAAGAUUUAUGGUCCUGACGUGUUUAAUGCUGAUAUGAAGUCUCGUCUGUCGUAUGCCAUGUUUGUGGGUGCUAUCGUAGGUCAGCUAGGUUUCGGUCUUAUCAUUGAUCGAGUCGGUCGUAAAAUCGGGCUUGUUGCAACCACUCUGCUUGUCAUCCUUGGUGCUGCUUUAUCCUGUGCUUCAAGCGGAACUACAGUUGAUGGCUUGCUGUGGAUGAUGAUUAUUUCAAGAGGUAUCCUCGGUGUGGGUGUGGGCGGAGAAUACCCAUGCAGCUCUGUUUCUGCCGGUGAAUCUGCUGAUGAAGUAGCUCCUGGAAAGCGUGGUGGUUUGUUUGUCAUGGUGACUAAUUUUGUCAUUGAUCUUGGUUAUGUGAUUUCAGCUAUUGUGCCUGUGAUAUUGCUUGCUAUUUUCAAGGAUAAUUUGGAGCCUGUUUGGCGUCUCUCUCUUGGUCUUGGUAUCCUACCACCAUUGUCUGUACUUUAUUUCCGACUCAAGAUGGCAGAUUCUGAAAGAUAUCGCACUAGCGCCAUGAAAAAGAGUGUACCUUAUUUGCUUAUCAUCAAGCGUUAUUGGUUCCGUCUUCUCCUCACAUCCGGCUUAUGGUUCAUUUAUGACUUUAUCUCAUACCCCAAUGGUGUAUUUUCUUCGGUUAUCAUUGACAGUGUAGCUAAUGGCCAGUCCACAAUUGACGUCGUUGCAUGGAACAUCCUCUUGUAUGCUUUCUACCUUCCUGGUUGUGUUGCUGGUGCCUACUCUGUUGACAAAAUUGGCCGUAGAAAGACAUUAGCUUUUGGUUUGCUCGCUCAAGGUAUAGUUGGUAUGAUUUUGGGUGGUGUUUAUGAACCAUUAUCAAAGAACUGUAUGCCAAUGUUCAUCAUCGUGUACGGUAUCUUCUUGGCUUUGGGUGAAUACGGUCCAGGACCUACAAUGGGUUUGAACAGUAUGGAGUUAUUCCCCACCGCUGUUAGAGGUACUUGUUACGGCAUUGCUGCUGCUAUUGGUAAAGUAGGUGCUACUGUAGGUACUCUAGCUUUCGUGCCUAUGCAAGAAGCAAUGGGAGGUUAUCGUGGACCUUUCUUGGUUGGUAGUGGUAUCGCUAUUGCAGCAAGUUUUGUCGCCUGGUUUUUGCUUCCAGAGAUUGGACCCGAUGGUUUAGUUGAGGAAGAUGCUGAUUUCCGCGAGUACCUCAUUGCUAAUGGCUAUGAUAUCAGUCAACUUGGUUUGAAUAACCAACAGGUGGAAAUUGUUCAUGAUAACACAAAGAACUCUACAGGGUCCGUCGAUUCUACCUAG